AUGAAUGCAAAAUUCAGUAGUCCCAAACCAAAAACAUCUGAUCAUUAUCGAGAAGAAAUCCAGAAUCUAUUGGACGAUCUUCAGAAGCAGGUGAGAAAUGUGUUGAUCCAAUUUCGCAAAGUUUUCUAACCUUUUUUCAGUGCCCGCCAAUAAAAACAACACUCAAAAGCUGCUUGAGACAUGAACCUGUGUUCGAUUGUAAGCAAUUGUUUGAGGAUCUGGAUGUUGAUUAUCAAUUAGAGGUACCCGUCUUUAAAAUCAUCAUUGAUUAAUAGUUGUUUUAGAUGGAUUGCAAACAGGUGUUCGUUGGAAGUCAACAGAUAGCUGUCAAAACUAUCGAUGGCGGAAAUUGCCUUUUCAUUGCUGAUGACAAACCACGAUUUGUACUGAAUCUGAUCAAAGAACAAAUUGUGUUGACGCUCGCAGACGUGCUCGGAAUUUCGGUGAGCAAAAGGCAAAUUACUGUGGCUAGAGUUUAUGAGGAAAUAUUGAAAGUUGCAAAAGAGUGUCUUUUUCGCCAUUCCGAAGUAGCAAUAGUGCUUGCCUGUCGGAAACCUAAAAUUAUUGGUGUUCAGUUAGUUUAUUUUUUAGGCAUUUUUCUACUUUUUCAGGUUCACAGAGCUGCGAAAUUUGCAUUCCGGCACAUAAUUGUUCUGACUUUAUCGACCAGUGGAAGCGAAUGCAUGCUGAAGGUGAGUGAUACUAUCACUCGGAUGGUUUUUGAUUUAUUAUCCAUCUACAGAACUAUCCGUCAUUGAAACAGCGUCUAUCAGAUAACGUUGACAAGGGAAUGUUGGAAGAAGAAAACGACUUGCAUAAAUCGUUAGUCCAGAUAAACCGUAUUAUCGAGAAUAAAAAUAACAAAAACAUGUUUUCAGAACCCUUAUCCUGGUGAUGAAAGAACGCAAUUUUACCGCGAAUACUCCAAUAGCAACGUUGAGAGUGUUGGACGAACCAAACAAAGCAUUUCAAGCAAACGAAGAAACUUGGUUCAAAGUGUUCUGCAAGACCAAGGAAAAACUGGAGAAGCUGAAUCUUGCUAACGAAUUGUUAGUUGGUACGUAAAUAACUAUUAAUACUGCGAUAGAUAAUAGACGGGAAUUUUAAUCAUUACGCAACAUAUGAUGUAUAGUGGCUGGCUGGCAUGCCGAAAAUUGAACACAUUGAGGUGUUGUAAAUUCAAUACCUGUAGAAAUGUGAUUUUAAUUGCGAAUAAUUCAUGAUUUCACUGAACCACGGUUUAAUUGAUUCGCAAGUGUCAACACAAUGAACUUAAAUUUUGUAAGUAAAUUUUCAGAUGAACUAGAUAGCGAGCACCUCGAAGAAAUAAAAAAGACACUUGGACUGGUUUGGCUGAAAGAAGGAAAAAACUGGACUAUGAGAGAUAAACGUCAUUUCCUCAGUGUGACACCAACACCAUUCAUGGAGCAUUUGACUAAGUUAGUUUUCAAAAAAAACCGAAUAAUUUUGUAAAAUCAACCUUCACAGUGGAAUUUGUGAGCUCACUCUGCCAAGUCACUGGGUCCGGCCACUUGCUAGGAAACGAAUGGUUUGCAUUUUCUAAUAAUAACCAAUUUAUUCAUAUUUUCUGUUUCCAGUUGCCAUUAAAUAAUAACUCACUUCAUCUAGAACAACCAGUUGAGUCAAAUUACUCGGUGAUAAGAUGCAGUCCAAGAGAUUAUUCACCUCUUUUGCAGUCCAAACGUUCGUUCCACUUUUUUGCAUUAAAAAAAUAUGUUUAAAAACCCGUUUUCAGAUGCAAAAAAUCUUGUUUACCGUUAUGUUGAAGUCGACAUUUCCGAUGAAUCAACAAGUGUACUGGAGGCGGGAAUGGCGGAGCAAUGCUACUUGAGAGACGACUCGGAGGAAACCCACCACGACCAUGACACACCCGGCGAUGACAUUUCCGAUGAAAAUAUGGAAGUAGACCAUGUAGAUGAGGUGCGUAAUUUGUAGUGCACUCUAUCAAAAAAAGUUUAUAUCAAAAUGUUCCAGAGUUCCAGUGGAGAGGACAACAAUUAUUCGAGUGACUUGACAUACGAAACAAUACAGAACAGGCAAAAAGGCGACAAUAUAAGGACUUCAGUUUGA